AUGCUCCUGAAUACUGUGCACUUGCAGCUCUACUCCUCGAUUCGCCACGUAUACUCAGAACACCUUGUGCAUCUGUCAUUUUUUGGUCUUUCUCCCGAGACUAUCGCGUCACAAAAAUCAUCACAAAUAUUGCUCACUCCCCCCGACAAUCUGAACACUUUACAACCCUUUACUCGGCAUAUCGUUGCUGUAGGAGAUCUUCAUGGAGAUUUGCCUAAUGCUCUACGUGUCUUGAGAUUCUCUAAAGUCAUAGACAAUGUAGGAAACUGGUCAGGAGCUGUUGAUUUUUUUGUGCAAACGGGGGACAUUAUCGACCGCGGAGAUGACACGAUAAAACUCUUCAAGUUGAUGGAAAAGUUGCGAAGUCAAGCUCCCAAAACUGGAGGCGUCGUUAUCUCUCAUCUAGGAAAUCAUGAGUGGAUGAACGCCAUUGGUGACUGGAGAUAUGUAUAUCCGUCAGAGAUCAAGACCUUUGGCACUGUUGAAGCCCGCCAGCGCAUGAUCUCUACUGGAAGCAUUGGACGUGCUUGGGCAAACAAUUACACGGUCGCUUCCCGUCUGCCGCUACAUCCUUAUCUGGGGCCGCCCAAUACUCCCUACCCUCCAAGCGGUCCACUAUCUCAUGCCGCAUUAUCAUUCGUGCACGGUGGUUUGUCUCCAACGUACGAGGCACUCGUUCCGUUCCCAGAGAAGAUCAACGAAUUAGGCACGUCGUUGUUAAGGAAGCUGCAGCGGAGGGAACAGCCACCUCCACAUCCACCGCAUCCGUAUCCGGGCUUACCUCCGAGCGCUACUGGUGAAGAGCACGAACUAUACGACGCUAACGGGCCUCUGUGGUAUCGCGGAUGGGCUCUUGAACCCGAAGAGAAGGUUUGUGAAGAUGUUGAAAAAGUCCUGAAAGCGACGGGGACCCGAAGGAUGAUCAUGGGUCAUACUCCAGACUUCCAUAACAUUGUUUCUCGAUGUAACGGCAAGAUUAUCAUCAUAGACACAGGAAUUUCGCAUGCCUAUGGCGGUGUGCUUUCAGCACUGUCAAUACAUUACACCUUCACGCCUGUCUUUGACCCCGAAAAUACAGGUGCGAAACAGAUAUGGCUGGAGCGCGAGGUCGUCAGCGCGCUUUACGAGGAGCACCAGGAGGUUAUUGCUGAUGAGCAGAGGGUGGUCGUGGGUGAUUUUGUAGCAUAG